CAAUCGCAGGCGAGGUGGGCGGGCCUCGUGUCCACCAGGGCCUCGGAGGAGGAGGAGGAGUUCCUGGCGGCCAUCUUGGAUGUGCGGACUGAUUGUUUAGCGAGAAGAAUUGUGAACAUUUUAGAAAAUAAGCCAUUUUACUGAAUCCCUGAAGGUUUGAGGAAGUGGAGGCGACCGAGGACCGAGACCGUCACUCGGAACAGUCCGGUGAAAGAAGGCAUGAAGACAUCAUCCUAGUUAUCAGUCAUGGCCGAUAAAAGGAAACUUCAAGGUGAAAUAGAUCGAUGUCUGAAAAAAGUAGCGGAAGGUGUAGAACAGUUUGAAGACAUCUGGCAAAAGGUGAGGAGGGACUGUGACAAGCUUCACAAUGCAGCCAACGCCAACCAAAAGGAGAAAUAUGAAGCAGACCUCAAGAAAGAGAUUAAAAAGCUACAGCGUCUUCGAGACCAGAUCAAGACGUGGGUGGCAUCCAACGAGAUCAAAGAUAAACGGCAGCUAGUCGAGAAUCGCAAACUCAUAGAAACGCAAAUGGAGCGGUUCAAGAUAGUGGAAAGAGAAACCAAGACGAAAGCCUACUCAAAAGAAGGACUGGGUCUGGCACAGAAGGUCGAUCCGGCCCAGAGGGAAAAGGAGGAGGUCGGGAUGUGGCUAACGAAUAUGAUCGACACGUUGAACAUGCAGGUGGACCAGUUUGAGAGUGAAGUGGAGUCUCUGUCGGUCCAGACCAGAAAAAAGAAAGGAGACAAGGAGAAGCAGGACCGGAUCGAGGAGCUGAAGAAGUUCAUUGAGAAGCAUCGAUACCACAUCCGGAUGCUGGAAACAAUACUGAGGAUGCUGGACAACGACUCAUUGCAGGUGGACUCCAUCAAGAAGAUCAAGGAUGAUGUGGAGUACUACAUAGACUCGUCGCAGGAUCCCGAUUUUGAGGAGAACGAGUUUCUGUACGACGACCUGGAUCUGGACGACAUUCCUCAGACGCUGGUCGCCACCUCCCCGCCGGGACACUCGCACUUGGAGGACGAGAUCUUCCAGCACUCCAGCAGCACACCCACCUCCACCACCUCAUCUUCACCCAUCCCCCCCUCGCCUGCCACUUGCACUACGGAGAACUCAGAGGAUGACAAGAAGAGAGGACGUUCAACAGACAGUGAAGUUAGUCAGUCACCUGUGAAGAACGGAAACCCCUCCUGCUCGUUAUCCUCUUCCUCCUCCUCCUCCUCCUCUUCCUCCUCCUCUUCCUCCUCCUCUUCUUCCUCCGUCUCAGGACUGAACCCCUCCUCGCUGGUCUCUAUGGCGACCAUCGCUGGGGGUGGAAGCAGCGGCUCUGGGGGAAACAGUCAUUACACCACCUCGGGGGGUCUCCUCUCCAACACCUCCGCUGGCAGCUACAGCAACGCCACCCAGCAGCCGCCGCACCCGUCGGCACAGCAGCAGCCGGCCAAGAACUCAGUGAGCUCCUCCUCCUCUGCACCCAUAGCCUGCCCCAGCAUCAACAGCCACCCCGCCUCCUCCGCCUCCUCUCCCCCCAAUGCCAGCACACAGGGGCUCCUGACUUCAAACUCCCUGCCUCCGUCAGGGCCCCCGCAGACCUCCAACAGCUUCGGCCUCGGCCUGGGACUCUCUCUGGGGAAAGGCGGCAUGUCCAGCUCCCUCACCACCAGCCCGAUGUCCGGGGGCCUCGGCUUAUCAGGGAUGCCGGCAUCCCUGAGCACCAUGGCGAGCCUUCUAUCCAGCUCCACCCCAGCACCGUACGCUCAGGCAGCCGCCUCAGGCGCCGUCGGCUCCGGCUUACCAGGUUUACCGGGCUCCCUGGGAGGCGUCAGCACCACAACCACCAACAGCGCAUUGGGCUCCAUUGGCAGUGGGAACAUCACAGUCGGCGGGCCGACAUCUUCAUCAGGAGGUCUGCUGGGCGCAUCGACAUCGAUGGGCAGCAUCGGCUCUGGGAUUCUGGGUUUGAGCUCCAGCCAGUCGGGGAUGCAGGGGUUGUCUCUGAUGUCACAGAGCCCGGUGGGAGGCCUGGCUCCAGGAAGCGGAGUCGGCAUCAUCGGGAGCAACGGGGGUAACUCGGGAUCAAUGGGGAGCGGAGUGGUGGGAGGAAACUCGUCGCUCUCCGUCAGACCGCCGAGCCGACAGAAGCAGAACGGAAGCACUAGUUACAGUGCUGUGGUAGCCGACAGCACAACAGACUCCGCCCUCAACAGUGUCAGCCAAUCACAAAACAGCCAACCCUCAUCUUUGAUCUCCACAGCCAAUCAGCCUAAGGAUACUGGUCCCAGUCUACUGGGCUCUAUCACUUUGUCGUCCAGCUCUCCAUCGCCGGGCUCCUACAGCGAUGCCAAAAUGGUGAGCGGCGGCAGCCUGCUGAACGGACCGCUGUCCUUCUCGCAGUCCUCCGAUGGCAUGAAGUGUCACAGCUCAGGAACUCUGAGCUUUCUGAAAAUACCAAGGUCCGAGUUUUCAUGUCUACCACUAAAGGACAGCAUCCUAAUCGAUUCGGAAAACUCGACCCUGUUUGAAGACAACAUGACCAUGAAAGACGAGCCCCAGGAGCCUCUGAGCAGCCUGAAGUCCAUGGCCGAGCGAGCAGCACUCAGCUCAGGGAUGGAGGGAGACGUGCCUUCCCUGCACCUCACCCCAGACAUCUUCCCCAGCAGCACUACAGCCUCCUCCGGACCCCCGUCUGCGCCUCAGACCUCGCUGUCAGAGGUCAGCAUCCCCCCGUCACUGGGGGUCUGUCCGCUGGGGCCGGUGCCCGUGUCCAAAGACCAGCUCUACCAACAGGCCAUGGAGGAGGCGGCGUGGACGCACAUGCCCCACCCAUCGGACUCCGAGAGGAUCAGGCAGUACCUGAUGAGGAACCCCUGCCCCACCCUGCCUUUCCACCACCAGGUGCCACCGCCCCACUCUGACACUGUAGAGUUUUACCAGAGGCUUUCGACCGAGACCCUCUUCUUCAUCUUUUACUACCUGGAGGGCACUAAGGCCCAGUAUCUGGCAGCCAAAGCCCUGAAGAAGCAGUCGUGGAGGUUCCACACAAAGUACAUGAUGUGGUUUCAGAGGCACGAAGAACCCAAGACCAUCACUGAUGAGUUUGAGCAGGGAACGUACAUCUACUUUGACUAUGAGAAAUGGGGCCAGCGGAAGAAGGAGGGAUUCACUUUCGAGUACCGGUACCUAGAAGACCGUGACCUCCAGUGACCUGCGGAGAGAAAUGUGGAAGGACAGACGGGCGGACAACCGAGAAAGAGAGAGAGGGACGUGGACGGAGGAAAGAAUUAGCGAAUAAUUGAACGAACAAAUACGGGGCGGUCCGGCGGCUGACAUUCCUGGUUUUGACCUCAGCUCGCUGUUGGAAAGGAGACGUUCUGGGCCGGAGGGCGCCACCAGUCCCUCCCCCCGACCCUCCAGCCCCGCCCCCUCCUCCUCCUCCUCCACCUCCUCCUUCACCAGGUCUUUUAUUUCCAUCUUUUUCCUGAACUGGAACUUUCUUUAAAACAACAAGAAGACUUUGUUUUGUUUUGGCAGAUAAAAAACUAAAAUCACACCCGACAUCCUGACGACCACGUGCUUUUCCCUCUCUGUGUUAUUCUGUUGCUUUGGCUUUAAAAGCUGUUGCUUACAUUUGCCCCUGAAGAACCAAAGAUAACGAUUCGUACCGUUCAGGCUCCGUCCUGUUUCCAAACCGACUAAAGAGGCUCCGGACCACAAACAUAAAUUUGUGCUGCAGCAUCUCAAACUUUGGACUGACGCAGGUGACAAAUGUGACUUUGGUUUUUUUAAAGUGAAGACGGAGGAGAAGACGAUGAGAGAGAGGACGUCGUCUUUUAAUAACCACGAAUCUGAACCUGUAAGAACCGUGUAAACCAACAAUUAGAACAAUCAAACGACCCCCUCGUCUAACGCAGCAGUGAAAAGUUUAACCUUCACGAAACAACGUUCUCCUCCAGCUGAUACAACAGAAGCGUAUUCGGCUUCAUCGCUUCAGCACUGAUGAAAAACAGUUUUCAGACAUGAACUCCAGAAUAUCAUGUCUGGACGUUUUCUGGAGUUUGUCUUUAACAUGUGAGGAAGCAGCAGGACCAGGUCCGGGGCAGACGUGUUAGAAACGUCAUCAACACGUUGGGUUCAUGUCUGAAAGCAGCUUUCGAAGCGGAUCUUUCCGCCGGUGAAGCCUCCUCCGGUGUUUCACUGACUCCGGCUGGUGUUCGGUCGACAGCGGCCGGAGUCAGAAACAAUCAACACGACGUGGGUGAAGUUCGGUCGUGGGCGGCUCACAGGCCUCUCUCUCACUCUCGCACUCUAAAGUAUCUCCGAGGCUCUGUUGUUGUGUUCGUGUGAAGUGGUGAAAGUGGCCGCUUCGUUUUGUGAAUCCGUGGCGUCUAAAAAUAUCCGGGCCUGCCUCCUCCCGUCCCGUUCCAGUGGAGGAGUGUGACAGCAGAGCCGCCGAGGUGUCGGUAGUAACAGGCUUCUACCUGGUGGGCAGCGUUACGUCACCGCCACAGGAGAGGGAUCAGAAAACCAGUUUCACCAUUUAAGUUAAACCUCACGUCGUUAAAUUAAAAGGGUCAGUUCACUCAAAUCGGAUAACAAACACGUUUUCCUCCUUUUCAGUUUCCUGAGAAGUAAAGAGGUUUUUAAGGAGCCAGUUUUUUGUUAUUCGCCUUCAUUGGAUUCGGCUGCCGGUCAAAUAACAGAUCGAACCAAACCUGUACAGACAAUUUAAAAAGGUCAGGGUGUGAAACCACCAACACAGAAAUUCAUCAGCUCGUUCCACUAGUGAUUCAAACGUGACGUCACCUGAUCUCAGACACGUGCGUCAAUCUCAACUUCUAAAAUUAGUCAUGGCAGCAAAUCCAAGAUUAAAACGGGAUUAAUCUGUAGAGUGUCACUCGAGCUUUUUUAACUUGACACUUCUUCACCGACUGAGGAAGGUCAGCUUCUUAUUUAGCCUCAAUUCCUCAAGCGCGUUUUUAAAACAGACGUUUCUGGGAAACAUGCACGAACUCUUUUGGUUUGUCAGUUCCAGCGUCGUCCAAACGUUUUGCAGCAGGAAACUUUUCUACUCUCUCCUGCGUAACUUUUCUUUUUCACAUCCACAAACUCAAACGAGGGAAAAAAACAUCAUUUGGUUUUUCGCGAACACAAACAACGGACGUGAAGGUUUUUUAAUUUUUUUGUAAUUUGAGUGAACUGAUCCGUUUACAACCGAAGCUCCAGCGGUGAUCCGUGUCAGCGUCGUGCGUUUGAUUCCACCAGCAGCUGGAUGGACAGUUUGUCGUCCGUCUCCUCCUCCUCCUCCUCCUCCUCCUCCUCCUCGCUCUCUCCGUGCUGAAGAGCACAAACACCAGCACUGAUGCCCACACCUCCUCCUGCGUCCUCUACUGACACACACAGACACACACACACACACACACACACACACACUCUCUGCCCUGUUCUUACCUCCAUCAGGCGUUUUCCCGGCUGCCGAACACACUGCAGCUUGUUUUCUUUUUUUUUAUUCAGUUUUCUCCUCCUCUUCCUCUCAGCUCCUCCUCCUCUCCUCUCAACGCCAGGUAGAUAUUUCCUUUGUUUCUCAGGAAGUAUGUCAUCGAUCAUUUUAUGAGGAAAUGUAUCCGCCAGCAGCUCCGUCGCCACAGCACAACAACAACAACAACAACAACAACAACAACAAGAUAAACAGACCAGCACCAACAUGUUCCUUCGGGAUUCUCACGAUUCUCACGAGCGUUUCUCGGCUUCGCUUCUCGCACCACUUUCUCUUUUUCGUUCACCAAAAGCUUUUGAAAAAAAAAAAAGAAAAGAAAUUGAAUAAAAAAACUCAAAUCUGUUCCUCCGUUGUUCGGAGCAGCACCUGGACGAGAGGCCAUCUUUAUAUUUUGUAUUUUUUGGAUUAUCUGUGGUAGUUUGUAUAUUAUUUUUCUUUUUUUCAGAGACGGGGGGGAAAAAAGCGUUUGAAACCCCCCCCCCCAGAGGAGAACGAGGACCCUGUUGUUUUUAAAGAUCGUCUCAACAGGAGCGUGGUUUGUUUUUAUAGCCGAACAGACGCCGACGACUCGACACCCGAACCCACAGUCCCGCUUUUAACCUUUUGUUUACCUUUGACAAGCGUAAGGGACGAGAGGGCGAUCGAGAGCCCAAAUGUGAAUCUCUCUCUGCCCCUUUGACAAAAGUGUUGUAUAGACUCCUUCUUCAAACCUCUCCGUUGGGUUUUUUCUCUUUUUGUUUGUUGUUGUCGUAAGACAGCUUGAAAUAAUGACACUUACAAAGUGGCGCUGAAAAAGUAAAUAAUGAAAUAACCAUGAAUAAAGGAUUGUAAAAUAUUAAAAUAAUUACUUUUCAGAAAA